GGUGCACAAAAAAGCAAAGUGGAAGCAAGCCCAGCAGGUUCUCCUCAUCAGACAGGCAGCAUCAGACAGCGAGCAAAGACAAAGGACGGGAAAAAUCAUCACAGCGCUGUUUGUGCUACAUUUUUGCAUCGUUACUUCGAAAAUAGCAAUUUAAAAGUGUGUUAAUUGUUUGCUUUAGGCACUGAGGCAAGUGUAGAUCUUACGGUUGACCUUUAAAAAGUGACACAAGACGCAAAAUUUUUAAGUGAAAAAUCGUACGGUUCGCUGAAAGGUUUCUCCUCGAAUCGCCACAGCAGAGUGAAAGAGAAGUGAACGAAAGUGGCCCUUCAGCUUCGUCAACCAAAAGUGCGAAAGGGAAAGGUCAACAAAGAUAAUCGCCCUAAGCCAGACGUCAACAAGAGAAAAGUUUUGUUUUACUGGUUCCGCGAAUAAACCAGAAAGGAGAAUCGUUUUAGGAAGUAUCGAGCAGAAGCAGCUCUAGACGCAAGGACAAGAUGACCUAUCGAGAGGCUUCUCACGCUGGGAGUUGGUACACGGAUUCAGGUACCGAUCUGAAUCGCCAACUCUCUAAAUGGCUGGACGACGCUGAUCUGACGUUCGGACCGGCCCGUGCAAUUAUUGCUCCGCACGCCGGAUAUCGCUACUGCGGAGCAUGCGGGGCAUGGGCCUACCGACAAAUUAGUCCAGCUGUUGUGAAGCGUGUGUUUAUUUUGGGUCCAUCGCAUCACGUCCGGUUGUCCCGGUGUGCCCUUUCGGCUGCCCAGUACUGUCGUACCCCACUGUACGACCUAAAAGUCGACCAGGAGAUCAAUGCCCAGCUGGAGGCUACCGGACACUUCAAGUGGAUGGAUCAGAAAACGGACGAGGAUGAGCACAGCAUUGAGAUGCAUCUUCCCUAUGUGGCCAAAGUGAUGGAAGACUUCCGUGACCAGUUCACCAUCGUGCCAAUCAUGGUCGGCUCGAUCAGCAACGACUGGGAGGAAACGUACGGAAAAAUUCUGGCUCCAUAUCUGGCCGAUCCGCAGAACCUCUUCGUCAUCUCGUCCGAUUUCUGCCACUGGGGUGCGCGUUUCCGGUACACGUACUACGAGGAUGGACACGGUCCGAUCUACAAGUGGAUCGAGGUCCUCGACAAGAUGGGUAUGGAUCUGAUUGAAACGUUGAAGCCGGAAAGCUUCGGCGAAUAUCUGCGGAAGUAUAACAACACCAUCUGCGGCCGGCACCCGAUCGGUGUGCUGCUACAGUCCGUGGAAGAGCUGAAGCGACGUGGCUAUCGGAUGAGCUUCAAAUUUCUCAAGUACGACCAAAGCAAUCAGUGCUGUGAUAAGAAAGACUCCAGCGUCAGCUAUGCCUCCGGGUCGUUGAUUUUCGAGUAGAGGUCUCGUUUGAACAAGAAAAUAUAUAUUGCGUAAGUUAGGAUGCACACCAAUCGGAACAAAUUGCAGUGUAGAACGUGUAAGAGACAUUGCUUACGAGAGUGAGUACAAUUAACUGGUUAGGACAUACCCAGAUUAAGAUAUAACAAUGAGAGAAAUAAGAUCUUGGAAAAUGGGAAAACAUGCAUGUCAAGAGAGUUUUUAAUAUACAAUUUCCGUCAAACGAACUCAUGCAGAAUAAUAUAUAUGAUUAUAUUUACUUAUAUACCGCUAGCGUGUGUAUCAACAGAAUAACAAAUCGUGUUUGUCUCAUCGUUUUUAGUAUAGCAUGUAAGAGAUGUAGAAACUCUUUCCUGAUAUUUGUUUUUAGAAUAACGAAAAUCCUGCGUUCAUUCUGGUGAGAGUUUUAUUGCAUAAUGAUUGAAAUCCGAAUCUGAACGUCGAUCACAACCCAUAGGUUUGCCAAUUAUCGAUAGUCGAUAAAAAGAAGUUUUGUUAGAUAAUGAAUUGCCCGCUUUGGUAGGCAGUAUUAGAGUUUUUUUUUUGCAAUAUUUCAACGGCCAUGAGGUCCAAGUUCGAUACUGUUUAAUAUUAAAAACCCGCCUUUACUCUGUAUUUCGAAUUAGUUGUUGGAGUGAAUACAAAUAUUCAUAAAGAGAAAUCAAUACAAAA